AUGAUGGCCCGGGGCGCAGACGACGAAACGCCGCACACGCGCUCCCCAGGUGGGACCCGUCGACCCUCCCGGCCCGACACCUGCACGCACGUCCCGGCUUCGUCCACACUCGGCGCGCUUGUCCCGACGCGCGUACUCUUCCGCAGAGCCCGCCCCCUGCCUCACACACGGACUCCUUUUUUUCCUUCCUUCCCCCGCCACCUCACACGGACCGAUACUGGGGGGUGGGCGAGCCCUGGGACCCCUCCCAGCCCCGGCGAGGGUGCCGUGGAAGCGAUCCUCCCGACGCGGGCUCGGGGCGGGGAAUGGGGCGGCGCGGAGUCUAUUCCCACUGCAUUGGAGGAACGAUUCAGGCAGGCUUUGGAUUCACCAGCGUCAGACGUCAUUGGUAGGGGUCAGGAAGCACAAGGAAGCAUUCCGAGAAUCUGCGGUAAACAAAGUAGAAGAUUAUCACUGCAUGUUUGUGUGUGUUUAAUUCUAGAUAUUUGUAGAGCCAUUGAAUUGUUGGAAAAACUACAAAGAAGUGGGGAAGUACCACCUCAGAAACUUCAGGCUCUGCAGAGGGUCCUUCAAAGUGAGUUCUGCAAUGCUGUGAGAGAGGUCUAUGAGCAUGUCUAUGAGACUGUGGACAUCAGUAGCAGUCCUGAAGUGAGAGCUAAUGCGACUGCAAAGGCUACUGUUGCUGCAUUUGCUGCCAGCGAAGGACAUUCUCAUCCUCGAGUGGUUGAGCUACCAAAAACAGAAGAGGGCCUUGGAUUCAAUAUUAUGGGAGGCAAAGAACAGAAUUCUCCAAUCUAUAUAUCGCGCAUAAUUCCAGGUGGAAUUGCUGAUCGACAUGGGGGCCUCAAACGAGGAGACCAACUCCUUUCUGUUAAUGGAGUGAGUGUUGAAGGAGAACAUCAUGAAAAGGCCGUAGAACUGCUGAAGGCCGCUCAAGGCAAGGUCAAGUUGGUAGUGCGAUACACACCCAAAGUCCUAGAAGAAAUGGAGUCCCGCUUUGAAAAAAUGAGAUCAGCAAAGCGCAGGCAACAGACCUAAUCCUGCUCAAGACUGGAUAUUUCAUUGUGCUUUAUAGCUAGAGAAGUUUUACUUGUGACCUACUGAUGGCCGCAAUGCGAAUGAUUGUAAAACACAAACAGAUUUCCCGUGAAAUUCUCCUUGCCAUUUUAUAAAUGCCUAUUUUAACAUCCUUUAUGGUUCCAGAGAUGCAUACACUUUUUUCUGAUAAGAAAAAGCAAAAGGUGAUGAGGGCAAUUCUGUCCUGCUGUUUUUACAGGCCUUUUUCAAAUGCAGAUUUUGUCAUAAAAUUGUUACAGAUUUUUUAAAAUAAUUUUUUAAUAUUAAAAUGUACUUUUACAUUCUUAAUCUUUUUUUAAAAAAAUUUUUCUUCAUUUGGCUGCUUAUUUAAAAGUAACAGUUUCUCCUUUUUUUUUGUUUGCUUACUCUGUUUUUUAAUCUGUGAAAUUUCUUUACAGUUUUCCAAGAAAUUAAACAUAACAGUCAUUCAUUACAGCAGUUCAUUACACUAUCAAUGUGACAUCUUGCUGCGUUUUGUACUUUGAACACAUAAUAUAUAUAAUCAGUGGUAAAUCAUAACUCAGCACAGUGGACUUUUUUUUACUUUUAUUUAAGCAUAAUGUAUAAUGGGUAUUCAUUUAUACUGAUUUGUAAAAGUAAGUUUUUAGACACUGAAACAAUCGUUGCUAAAAUAUGUAUUCUUAAUAUUUGAGCGUUGAGGCAAAAGGAUGUAAUUUGAUUGUUAGCAUUAUUGAUUACAUCCCUUUCUAUUUAUAUUUAUAAAUUUUAAGUGCAAAACAGCUUCAGAGUUCAUCUUUGCAAAUCUUUUAAUGCUAUUCAUUUUUAUUUAAAUACACAGCAUUGCUUAUUUUUGUUCCAUCCAUUCCUAGAGAUGAACCCAUUACUUUGUGGAAAAUAGCAGAAGCAAAGAAGAGAAAGCUAUACCUUUUCCCUAACUAGCUUCAAGUACACAUUCUUAUUAGCUCAGUUUAAAGAAUUGACUUUAAAUAGAAGAGAGGAUAUAUUUAAGAAAUGUAGGAAUCAGGAGGUGAUUUAUUCAUAAGAAUCUGUAGAGUCUGUCAAAAUAAAUAGGAACUCACAUGAAAAUGGUUGGCUUUAGAGAUGCAGUCUUUGUUUACGAUUUAAAUGUAGUGGGAAUUUUGAGAGAGAUUUUAUUUCAUUCGUCCACUGGAUGUCGGUACCUUACUAAAAGGCAGCUAUCAGUGUGUGACUGUCACUGAGGUUUUCUUAAAGACUGGAAUUAGAGCUGAGUUUCAUUUUCAGUCACAACUUAGAAGGAAUAUUCGUUCUUUAAAAAAAAGUGACAUGUUCAAAAGAAGAUAAUGGAGUUAAACAUAUAAGGAACUUGGCAUAAUUAUCGACCCUGUAAAAAAGUGGGCAUUCUGUAACAUUCCUUCUGGAAGAAUAGAAAUGUAUGCUUUUCUUCUGCAUGUUUGUGAGCACUGUGAGUCUUAGAAGAUUAUUCCAGUUUUCAAUGAUUUUUCAAAAUAAAAGUCAAUCAGCAUUGUUAUUUAUCAUUUAGGUAUUGAACACUGGAUUGCAUGGUUGAAUGUGUCUUUAAUCCACUACAAAAUGUGCUUGUUAUCGAUAGGAUCAUGUUGUUAGAUUGUAUAUUUUCAAAAUUAAUGAUUUUUAAAUGUUGAGACCAAAGUAGUGUAGAAGUAUGGAGUUAUUUUAAUUUAAUUGUAAAAUUAUUAGAGGUGUUUGUUGUAGAGCUUUAUAUAUUACAGAGAGGUAUUGGUGCAUAUACAAACAGUAAUAUUAUUGUUAUGCUUGUAUUCUUGAAUUUCAGGGCAAGUAAACCCUGAAGGAAUCUUAUUUUAGUAUGGCUGCAACUGCAAUAGCUUUUAAGGACAUAUCAACAUUUCAUAAUAAAUUAUAGCUUCCUUGUUCGGUGUCUCAGCUGUUUCAGAACUUUCAGCCAAGUUAAAUCUCUUUUGCUGUUAAAACUUAGUAAGUUGAGUAAGCUGUUUUUUUUCUUCUGCAAUAAGUAACCCACAAUCUGUUCUUUGUGUGGGUUGACACCUAUUUAUAAUUUUAAAAGAUAGCUUAAAGGAGCCAAAUACAGGAGUUUUGCUACUGUGGAGUAGCAGUAGUUUGUUGUCAUUAAUGCCGUUUUUGUAGUGUAUCCCAGAAUUUUAGAUUAUGACCAAGGAAAGACACAGUCAUUCAGUGGCAGAGGUGUACGGUAGUGGUCUAGACAGUAAUGUGGUGAGGAGGUGAAGGGAAUUUUCGCUCGGAGAUGGGUGAAUCAUGAAUAAAGCUAGUCAUAUAGUAAGUAUAUCCUAGAUGUUUGAUUUAUAAAUUACAAAUAUAAAUUAUCUUCCCCUCCCCAAUUUCUGUUUAUUUUCUUGGUAUUUCAAAAUGGGAUGAGGCAGUGAUUUGCAACCUUAGCUGCAUAUUAGAAUGCCCUGCAGAGCUUUAAAAAAUAUUGAUACCUGGGUCUCAUCCCGUGACAACUAAAUCAGAAUCACUUAUUUUUAAAGCUUUUUAGGUGGUUCUAACAGACACCCAGGGUUGAGAACCGCUAGUUUUCCCCAUUAUAAAGUUACCCAGUGACACUGGGAGUGUCAGAAUAGAGUAAGUAAUUCAGUUUGCAGCUACUUAACGAUUGAUCAUAUUCUCGAGGAGGAAAAGCUACUUGGCAUUCCUUAUUUGAAAAGUAAUGACAGUCUACCUUUUUUAAAAAAUAAUAACUACCUGUAGAAGUGUAAACUUUUCAUGUCUGUUACCUUUCUGCCCCCUUUGCCUUUAAAACUUACAUAAAUGUUUGUCAUUGGAGAAAGCAUGUUUAAAAAUUGCGGAUGAGAAAUGUUGUGAAUAGUGAUGUGCUGUCUUCCUGUGGCCACAUCACCCAUCGGUCUGACACUAGAUUACAGCAGCUGACUUCUUCAGGAUCUGAUUCAGAUGGGUUUUGAAAAUAUUUUAAAAAUAUCUCUGUCCUCAAUUUAAAUUAUUUUUCGCAAGUACUUGAGUUUGGCUCAAGUACUCUGUUUACAACUAAAGUGGAUAUCACAGCAUUUAAUAGAAGAAAUGGUUAUGGCUUAUCUGAAAAGAUUGUCAGCAUGACUUGGUGUAGACUUAAAAGAAUAAAUGUGAAUAUUUUAUAAUGUGGAAUGAUCAUUGAAAUAUCAAGGACUCUAGUAAUUGUAUUUCUUGAAUAAAUGGAUGUCUUUGAAUUUUCUCACAAUUUGUUGUGUCCUCUGCCGACAGUCUGUUUUUAUGGUUUUUAUUGUCUAAAAUUCACUAGUGGUGCUUUUUUAAAGAUUGCCAUUAUGGUUAGUAUGGUUAGAUAGUGGGGGAAAAAAUUACUUGCUGACUAAUUUUCAAGAACUUUCAAACUAAUUUGUAUCAACAUAGUUUUUUAAAAUACUAGUAAAUGGUAUGCUACUUUUUUAGUCUGUGAUAAAUGUGAUAUCCAAAAUGGAUGUAAAAUAACACUUUUUCAAUAGUUGACUCCAUUUAUCAAUUUAAUUCUGCUUUUAAGGUGUAUUUAAUAUAAAUUUGUAUGAGUUAUGUCCUUGUUCUUUGGAUUUGAAAAAAAAUGGAUAGAACUACAUAGUAUGUUUCUGAAAGCUAUGUAUAAAAUAACUUACAUAAGGCAAAAGCAUAAUUUGUGGUGGCUGCUGAAAUGAAAUUUCAAAUUUCUAUAUUUUGGUUUGUCUUUCAUAAAAUUUAACUGAAGAAAA